GCCCAAGUGACGUCACUUCCUUCGGAGGCACAGCUGAGCUCGAGUCGUUCUCUUUAGUGUUUGCCCUGUUCGCCUUUCCCCCUUCCCGUUGUCCACCACUUACCAAACAUUUUAUGUCCAAUAACAAAAGGAAACCCGAGACGACACCAAACACAGAUACCUCAAGCGGCCGUUGCUUAUGGAUUGACAAAGAACUGGAGUGAAAAGAUUAAAGAGUCUGUUGCUCCAUACCCACUCCACAGUGAAGACCUCCGUUUCUGCUCCUCCUUCUCAAAGCUCGCUAUAGUCCUGCGUCAGGAUCGGUAGUCACCAGCUUCUCAGUAUGUCCCAGGUCCAGUUCCAGCCACCCCUUGGCAGCCCCCUGCCUAGCACUGUGCCCAUGCAGCUUUCGCAGCACCAGCCUGGAUUUAGCAUCCCCUGUGCCUCCGGGACGCUGCCCUCUGAAAGCGCCAGCCACCCCCUGCGGAGCUCUGCCUUGCCCUCUGCCUCAGCUACACCCUUUAGUGCACCUGCAGUUUCAGUACCCAACAUGGCAAACCCUAAAGAGAAGACCCCCAUGUGUCUGGUGAAUGAGUUAGCCCGUUUCAACAAAAUCCAGCCAGAGUACAAACUACUGAGUGAGCAGGGACCAGCUCACUCCAAGAUUUUCUCAGUACGGUUAACACUGGGUGAGCAGCAUUGGGAUGCUGAGGGAACCAGUAUCAAGAAGGCCCAGCACUCUGCAGCUGCUGCUGCCCUGGCCCAAACCACACUGCCCAAGCCCAGCUUGCGUAGCCCUCGCAAUACCGGCAAGAAUCCAGACUGUAUAACGCACACUGUGGAGCUAAAUGCACUUUGUAUGAAACUGGGAAAGAAACCAAUCUACAAGCCCCUUGAUCCAUAUCCUGGAAUAAGGCCCAGUUUCAACUACACCAUCAGGGCACCUGGUCCUUAUCAACGCUACUACUACCCAUUCCCUCCAAUGGGGCCAGUCCUGUAUCACAUGGAGCUGUCGAUCGGAGGCCAGCAGUUCCAUGGGAAGGGCCGCACGCGCCAGGCUGCCAAACAUGAUGCUGCUUCCAAAGCACUGAGGGUGUUGCAAAAGGAGGCACUUCUGGAGCAGGUACCAGAGGUGAAUGGAGAGACACCAGAGGAGAACCUCAACAAAUCAGAAAUCAGCCAAGUGUUUGAAAUCGCUUUGAAGAGGAACAUGCCAGUAAACUUUGAGGUGCUGAAAGAGAGUGGCCCUCCUCACAUGAAGAGCUUUGUGGUGCGCGUGUCUGUGGGCGAGUUCUCAGCGGAGGGUGAGGGCAAGAGCAAGAAGGUAGCAAAGAAGUGUGCUGCAGCCGCCGUGCUGGAGGAGUUGCGCAGGCUGCCCCAGCUGCCUGUUGUGGAAAAGCUGCAACCACGUAUCAAGAAGAAAACCAAGUCCAUUGUCAAGCUACAAACAAGUCCAGAGUAUGGCCAGGGCAUGAAUCCCAUCAGCCGUCUGGCACAGAUUCAGCAAGCGAAAAAGGAGAAAGAGCCCGAGUACAGCCUGGUGACAGAGAGAGGGCUGCCUCGGCGCAGGGAGUUUAUCAUGCAGGUAAAGGUCUGUGGCUUGUGUUCGGAGGGAAUGGGUCCCAGCAAGAAGAUUGCCAAACGCAAUGCUGCAGAGAAAAUGCUGGAGCUGAUGGGCUUUAAAGUGCCGCAGCCUCAGCCCCCAAAACCGGCGCUCAAAACCGAUGAAAAGCCACCAAUCAAAAAGCCGGGAGAUGGGCGGAAAGUCACCUUCUUUGAACCCAGUUCAGUAGAAGAGGGUGGAAUUGCUGCAAAGGAAGAUGAUUUUCGUCUACCUUACCUGAGUCACCAGCAGCUGCCGGCAGGCAUCCUACCAAUGGUACCUGAGGUUGCUCAGGCAGUGGGUGUCAACCAGGGCCAUCAUUGCAAGGACUACAGCCGUGCCCCACCCAACCCAGCAAAAGCCACUGUCACUGCCAUGAUCGCUAAUGAGCUGCUGUAUGCUGGCACCUCACUCACUGCAGAGACCAUCCUUAAGAGUAACAACAGCCUGGCACACCUGCCCCAUGGGCCUCUCACACGCCCCUCUGAGCAGCUGGCUUACCUGGCAGCUGUGCAGGGCUUACAGGUGGAAUACAAGGAUUUCCCCAAAAAUAACAAGAAUGAGUUUGUCUCGCUGAUCAACUGCUCCUCUCAGCCACCCCUCAUCAGCCAUGGCAUUGGGAAGGAUGUGGAGUCCUGUCAUGACAUGGCUGCGUUGAAUAUACUGAAGCUGUUGUCAGAGCUGGACCAGCAGCCAAGUGACAGGACAGGAAACGGACCAAUCUCUGGAUGCGGCAAACAAGAAAUGGAGGGUGAUUCUAUCCUCAAACAGACUAACUCCAGCACCCUAGGACAGAAUCUGGAUAACACCAUAUAGACACUGUUUAGUGGGCGGGGGGUGGGUGGUUAAAUAAAGCACCAGAGAAAAAUCCGAAACUGUUGUGUAACAAAGCUGUUUUAGAAGGCUACAGCGAAAGUCACUGUAGUAUCUAAAUCACCACAGUUGCUAAAUCUUCUAACAUGUUCAGUUAAACAAGAUUGAAUAAAUAUUCUUAAUGUUGUUUAAUUGCAUAAGUUUUUUUUUUUUCUAGAACAUAGUUUUAGCUGUUUCAUAUCCAAACAUAUGGUGGUUAUUUUUUCUGUACUUUGAAGAGAACACUGAGAAAUGUGUCCCCCCCACCCUCUCCAACAUUGGGUUUUGUUUUUAACCCCAUUGUUUCCAGAUGGUUUGUUACCUGUGAAAUGCAGGUAGACCCUGUGGAAGGAUAUGAGAGAGCUCACACACCACUGUUGAUUUUCCUUGAGUGCUUUAACAAAAACACAGAAAAAAGUCUAUCUACAUUUCCAUGUUGAGCUGAAAAGUUUUUGUGAUUAAAUGUUAUGUCUGUAACGUACUGUGACUUUGCCCCCUUCUGUAUGCGGCGGGGCAAUGAGAGCUCCUGUUGUGUAUGGCACGAUUCCCCGCGCGUCUCUAUCCCUCCCCUCUGCUAUCGCUCUUCAUUGUAAAUCAAGCUUUCUGCUCCCCAUGGAAAGUAAAACUCAUGUGCUG